AAACGAAUACACAAAACACUAAACAGCCCCAACACCCCCAACCCAAGUAUUUCAAACUCAUUGCUUCUUCCUUGCUAGAAUGCUAGUGCGAUUAUAAAACCUUGCCACUCUACCGGCAACGAUAUGAUUUCAUAUUCAUAAGCUUCGCUUCGCUUCACUUCACUUCACUUCGCCGGAAUUUCCACUCUCAAUUCUCACCUACAUUUCCUCUCUCUCUCUCCUAGGGUUCCAGUUCCAUUCUCUCUCUUCUCCGCUCCUCUCGGAGCUUCUUGUUCAUCUUCAAUGGUGUCUUCUCAGGUAGGAAUUUUGAUUCCGUUGAAUAAGAGCUUGGAGAAGGAGAAAUCGUUGCCGGAAUUGCCGGUUUCUGAAGGUGAUAAUGUGAUCGGCCGUAGUAAUGUUCCGGUGACUGAUAAAAGACUUAGUCGCAAGCACCUCAUUUUGUCUGCUUCUUCUGAUGGCUGUGCUGAUUUGCUUGUGGAAGGAAUGAAUCCUGUGGUGGUUAAUUCUGGUGGUCAGAGGAAGGUUUUGAAUUCUGGAGAAAAAGCUUCUGUUAAUUAUGGUGAUAUCUUAGAAUUGAUACCAGGGAGUCAUUAUUUUAAGUAUGUAGCCUUAAGUAACCAGAGAAAUACUGAUGCUGUUAGCAAAGGGAUUAAAGGUGCUAGGGAACGGACAAAUCUCGGAGAUGGUAGGAAGAGAGCACGAGAAGACUUGAACUUUGGAGCUUCUGCGGGUCACUUGACGCUUCAACACAGGAUUGGAAGAAACGUAAAAGAAAAUAUUGAUAAUGUAAGUGUUGAAUCUAAUAGGCAGAAUCAUUCAGUGUCCAGGAACACUGAGGAGGCGCUACGUGAUUUUCAUGUGUCUAAUGAUAGUCUGCCUUCAACAUUUCGCCUUAUGAAAGUGCAAGGGUUACCAGAAUGGGCAAACACCUCUUGUGUUUCUAUUGACAAUGUGAUUGAGGGGGAUGUGAUUGUUGCUGUACUUUCAAAUUACAUGGUGGACAUAGACUGGCUGUUAUCGGCAUGCCCAAUGCUUAGAAAAGUUCCUCAGGUGCUGAUUGUACAUGGAGAAGGUGACGGUACAGUUGAAUACAUGAAGAGGAACAAGCCUAGCGAUUGGAUUUUGCAUAAACCACCAUUACCUAUCUCAUAUGGGACACACCAUUCGAAGGCUAUGCUUCUUGUAUAUCCUCAGGGUCUGAGGGUCAUUGUGCAUUCGGCAAACUUGAUUCAUGUUGAUUGGAACAAUAAAAGUCAAGGCUUGUGGAUGCAAGACUUUCCUUGGAAAGACCAGAAUGCGACAAGCAAGGGAAGUCCUUUUGAAAGUGAUCUUAUUGAUUAUUUACAGGCUCUAAAGUUGCCAGAAUUUACUGCCAGUUUGCCAGCCCUUGGUAGAGUGAAAAUAAAUGCUUCCUUCUUUAAGAAGUUCAAUUAUGAAAAUGCAGCGGUCAGAUUAAUUGCAUCAGUUCCAGGAUAUCAUUCCGGAUCCAGUCUAAAGAAGUGGGGUCAUAUGAAACUACGCUCUAUCCUAGAGCAAUGCACUUUUGACGACGAAUUUAAGAAAUCUCCUUUAAUUUAUCAGUUUUCCUCUCUUGGUUCGCUGGAUGAGAAGUGGAUGACUGAGCUAAGAACUUCAAUGUCAUCUGGAUUGUCAGCUGAUGCAUCCACCCUAGGUUUGGGCGAACCAUUGAUCAUAUGGCCUACUGUGGAAGAUGUCAGAUGGUCACUUGAGGGGUAUGCAGCUGGAAAUGCCAUCCCGAGUCCACUUAAAAAUGUGGAGAAAGAAUUUCUGAAGAAAUACUGGGCAAAGUGGAAGGCUACCCACACGGGUCGCUGCCGUGCAAUGCCCCAUAUAAAGACAUUUGUUCGUUAUAAUGGUCAAAAUCUCGCUUGGUUUUUAUUAACUUCAUCAAAUCUCAGCAAAGCUGCCUGGGGAGCCCUUCAAAAGAAUAGUUCUCAAUUGAUGAUCCGUUCCUAUGAGCUUGGCGUGCUAUUUUUGCCUACUGUUGUUAAAAAUGAUUUUGGAUUUUCUUGUACAGAUGAUAAAAGCUCUCUAAAGAAUACAAGGGGACCAACAGGUAGCUGUGGAACUCGAAAGAUAAAACUGGUUACUCUGACUUGGCCACGAAGAGAUAAUGAUGAUUCUGAUUCUGAAAUAGUUCCUCUUCCUGUGCCAUAUGAACUUCCUCCAAAGCUGUACUCCUCUCAAGAUGUACCAUGGUCUUGGGAUCGUGUAUACCGACAGAAGGAUGUAUAUGGUCAAGUUUGGCCUAGGCAGGUCAAGCUUUAUAGCUCUCAAGAUGCCUAAGUCAACUUUAUUACUAUAAUAAAGCGGCAUCAGUGUUCUGAGCCUCUGACAUUGUGAAACUACUUCUGGAAGGUGUGAACUGCCUCUCUAAUCCUAGUAAUUAUUCAAUUUGUUAGUAGUUUCGUUUCUGUGGAUUCUUCAAAGUCCAUGCAUAGCUCAAUUUCUGCUUCAGGAGUUUUAUUUUUAAAUUGAUUUGUCGUCUACAAUGCUCAAAUUUAUUUCAUGGCUUCUCUCAAUUUAUUGGUAAAGUAGCCUGCCUGGUUUAUUAUCUGAAAGUUCAAUUAUAAGCUUCUGAAAACUGUGACCCAUGAACAACUGCUAUGAAUAUUGUACUUAAAUGUUUGCAUGAUUAUAAAAAAUGUAAAGAAAAAAAAAGAUAUAGGAAUUUUUCUCUUUAUUUUAUUUAUUUAUGUUCCCUUUCCACUUGUUGAUAGGCGUAUCGCGUACCUAACAAAAAUAAACCUAACUAGACCACUACUAUGUAGACGGGCAAGCAAGGGUCGGAUCCCAAGAGACUAUGGUUUAACCAAUUAAAUAGACUCAAGCAAUUACCAAGCAAGUAACCAAAUCAAUAAAUGAGAAUCAAUAUCUAAAGGACUAGUCAAAACGAUUAAAUCUAAAUAAGAUGACAAUUUAAUGCUAAAAACAUCCAAGAUCAAGCUUCACCACGAAUACAAUUAAUGCAAUAGUCGUUCUACCCCUAACACAUAA